AUUCAAGUAACAGUUGGACUUUUGGGUAUUAGUGUCUUUAAAAGCCGUCUUCCUCCAUCAUUAACAAUAAAUCCGUACAGUAACAAUGUCCUCAUGUCGUCCUCCUCAGUGUGUGUGUGGCCUGUUAUCACAUCUACAGUAACAGCAGUCGCCGUGUCUCCCUCCCAUCAGUCUGACCUUCCUGCUCCCUCCAUCUCAUCCCUCGCUCUCCUCCGUCACCACAAACAGGAAACACACUUUUCGAUCUUCGUUCCCACGCGACGUGCACUUUAUUACCAAACCCCGACACGAGCCAACAUCCAGCCGAAUCCACGGACUAAUUAAUCAUUUCCCCUCCUCUCGUCUGUCUCUGUGGGCCUUUUAUCCCCCUGAUUUCUUUCUUUCUUCCUUUCUUUUUUUUUUCUUUUUUCUUUUCUUUUUUUUUUUUUGUUAACCUCCAGUGGAAAAAAAUAUGAAUUAGAGCACUGCGUGGUGGACAUGCGCGGUGCUGCAGCGAAUAUGGCGGCUUGCAUCUGAUAGAAAGUGAGGAAUCUCCCAUCAAAAUCCCCUGCUCAGACGUGUCCGUGUAGGUCAAAGCCUGUCCGACUUCACCUCUCUGCAGCGGCACGUUUAGCUCUGCUCAUCAUGGGCCGGACACCACACAGAGAUCAAAAGGAGGAGAAGGAGAGACGAAGCAGCAUCACAGCAGGCUCUGCCCUCGACAAAUCUAACGAACCGUUCAGCUGGGAAGACUAUCUGAGAGAAACGUCCUCCAUUGCUGCGUCGCCUAAUUGCUUUAAACAAUCCAGAGUGCCCCCCUCCAAUGACUUUAAAGCAGGUAUGAAACUGGAGGCUCGGGACCCUCGCAACUCCAACUCCGUGUGCAUUGCAACGGUGAUGGGCAUGAUGGGAACUCGUCUCCGCCUGCGUCUGGACGGUAGUGACAACACCAACGACUUCUGGAGACUGGUCGACUCGUUAGAGAUCCAGCCAAUAGGAACGUGUGAGAGGACCGGCGACAUGCUGCAGCCACCGCUGGGUUUCAGAAUGAAUGCCUCAUCGUGGCCCAUGUUCCUCCUGCGGACCCUGAGUGGGGCAGAGAUGGCCCCUGCUUCUGCUUUCAAAAAGGAACCUGUCAGCCCUGCUAAAAACUACUUCCAGCCUGGUAUGAAGCUGGAGGCGGUGGACAGAAAGAACCCCUACCUGAUUUGCCCUGCCACGGUGGGAGAGGUCAGAGGUCAGGAGAUUUUCGUCAUGUUUGACGGCUGGCGAGGCGCCUUCGACUACUGGUGCUCCUUCGACUCCAGAGACAUCUUCCCCGUCGGCUGGUGCGCCCUGACAAAACACAGCUUACAGCCACCAGGAAACUUCUUUACCCUUCCCGGUGCCCUCCUCGCCCCUGUUUCUUCUACUUCAGCCUCCCUCACCACACGUCGCUCCUCUUCCAACUCCUCCUCCUCCAUGCAGACCUCUUACCGACUGCCCAACCCCUUGCCACCCCUCCCCGUGCGCAAGGGUGUCCGAGGUCGACGUCCCAAAUCCCAGACGAUCGCCUUAUUGAAGGCAGCGGCCGAAGCUGCGGCGGCAGCGGCGGUAAAUGGGGCGUCGCAGAGCCCUGCCAGAACUGUCUCUGAGGCUCAGCUGGCCCCCAGACCACACAAGAAGAGAGGGCCCAAGCCUAAGAACAAGAAGAAGCCUCGGGUGGUGCAGUCCCUCGGGGCGACAUCAGUUACAGCUCCGCCUCCAGAGGCCCGACUGAGCUCGAGCCACGUCUCAGCAGACAACAACCAUAGCAACGGCUCGAAUGUCGUUUGCACAGUCUGCGUCUAUGUGAACAAGCACGGGGACUAUGGCCCGCAUCUUGACCGCAAACUGGUGCAGCAGCUCCCGGACCACUUUGGUCCCGCUCCAGUAAAUGCAGUGCUUCAGCAGGCAGUUCAGGCCUGCGUGGACUGUACGUACCAGCCCUCUGUGCUGCUGUCCUUCCUACAGAGCCAGUCCCACACAGGAGGAGAGGUCAUCAGAGUGCGAUCAGAACAUGGUAUCCGCUACGUGAAGCUACCCUCCGCCUCCAGUACGUCCUCUGUGUUGCGGUUCUUGGAGAACAUGUGCCAACAUCUGGAGAGUGACAGUCUGUUCAGCUCGCAGCCGUUCAGCCCCUUCAACAACAACACACGCUUCUACAACAGGACCAAGUCAGCAGAACCACUGUCUCACGCCGAGAACGGUCUUUCCAAAGACGAUUCCACGAAGGAACCCGCCUCGGGAACUCGCACCCUUCACAACGCAUCGGACUACAGAGCAGCAAAGAAGGAACGGACAUAUUUCCCAGGACAGACACAAACACCACCGCCACUGAGACGUGUCAGCUCCAAUCCGACUGAGCUCGGCCCAAUGGCUGCACACAGACGAGUGGAGGCUAGCUCAACAACAGGCCCAGACCAUAUGAAACAGGACAAGGAGGGUCCAGUGAACGACGCUUCAUCCUGGUCAGUUGAUGAUGUUAUACGGUUUGUCCAAGAGGCCGAUCCCCAAACUCUGGGCCCACAUGUCGAACUCUUCAGGAAACACGAGAUCGAUGGCAAAGCUCUGAUGCUGCUGCGCAGUGAUAUCAUAAUGAAGUACAUGGGACUGAAGCUGGGCCCGGCACUCAAACUCUGUCACCACAUCGAGAAGCUGAAACAGACCAAACAAUAGAGGAUGACGGCACUCUCUUCUCUCACUGGCAACCAAACACACCAACAAGGAUUAUUCUACAGGGACGUAUUGCAGUGUAAAUCCACCUGAACCAGGGUUGUAGCUACCAUUAAGGCCAUGCAGGGAGUUUACACAUGAAAUCAUACACGUGAUGUUCAUUUAACGAGCUGAUUCCAGUAUUUUUGAAUACAGCUGAUCAGAUUUGACUACUUUUUGGCCUAUGAAUAAAAGAAUCAAUAGAUUUUUAUUUCAGGCAGUGCAGAGAAGGUUUCGAAACUGCAUUCAGACGGCCAUGCUGAGAAAUGAGUCACAAAAAAUGUAAUUGAACAGUCGUCCAACUCCGUGUAGUAUGAAACUAUUCUAGUUGGCGUUUCUAAAAUCCUGGAUGUGGGCGAGAUCUGAGCACAUAAUCAUAAUCAUCACAUAAUGUUUUCAUUUACAGACCAUAGUUUAGUUCCGCAUGACAAUAGACACACAGUACAUGAAUUCAUCAUUCGUGCAGUUGGUAUCAGAUAUCUGAGCAUAGGCAUGAUUUUUGUUCAUGUUGGUGUCUUUUUGCCUUUUGAUUUGCAACUGGCAGCCAUAAUUUAACACAUUUUUAAUUUACCUCUAGAUUUAUACAUGUAGACACACACAUACUGAGACAUACCCUGCAGGUUCUGCAGCUUUAUCUUAUUGGGUAUCUGUUGCUGUUGAAGUUUGUUUUUUGUUUUUUUUCCCUUAUCAGAAUUUCAGGAUGGACGCUCUGCACUCAAGUUUGGGAAAGUUAGUUCAGGUACUGGCAGUGAACAUCUCGCUGCAUCAUUUCUAACAAUGCAAUAAGGUUUCUGGAUGAUCGCGUCUGUUACAGACCGUCAAAUUGAGUUUAUGCAAGCCAGUGAAUGUAUGAAGUCAUGAGCAUUAUUAGUAGCAGGUGCUGAAGAACAGGAGUGCCCCAAUUAUGUGAAGUGUUAACGUCGUCUUGCUCCCUGAAGUCAAUCAUUACAUAAGAUAUUCCUGUCCUCAAACACUGAAGUAUUUUUUGACAAAGAUGAUAAAUUAACUAAGGCAGAGUGGGCGUCGCUUUUAUUUACAAGGUGGAUAUUUAGACUUUGAAGAAAACAUUUCAAGUGAGGCUGUAGAUGUCGAGAAUCAGUUACCACAGUUACUUCUCUUUUUGCCUGUUUCGUGUGCUGGAAGACGUUCAAGCUGAGGGGUAUCAGUUUGAGCUCUGACGUAGCUACAUGAUUGUAAUAUCCUUUGACAGUCACAUUAUUAAACAUGACAUGCAGAUGUAAUUGACUGGAAUACUGUAAGUGUUGACAUGAAAGCAAAGACAAAGCCAUGAACUGUCUGGUCUGAGUGCUGUACAGAACGAUGAAGUGCUCCUGAGAGGGAACAUGCUGGAGAAACUGUUUUGUAUAAAGACAAGCCAAAAGGUUGUUUUUUUUAUAUCAUUUUGUACUAUAACAAAGUGUGUCAAUGUGUAUCAAGCAUUAGUGUAAUCAAUGUUUUUUUUCUGCCUGAAUAGUUUUUUGUGCACCAUCAAAUAACUACCUACAGGACAAUGUUGUGUCUGAGUAAUUAUUCAUAUGUCUCAAAGUAUUUAUCUGCCUUCGGUGGCAGAAAUACUGAUUUUCUGAACAUUUCAGAACCAUUUGCAAACCAAAUCAUAUGUGUUGUAGCUGCAUUUCACACUGUUGCUCUCCUGUAGUGGUUGCAAGUUGAUACUUGAAUCCGUCUUGCUUUAAUGUGAACCUCAGGUUUUAGUAGGGGGUUGUUUCUUUAGAAGAUGUUUUACAUCAUAAGCAUUUUGUGUUCAUUACUACAACAUAGAGGGACUGCACAAUAACCAACUAUGUAUAUUUUUAUUAUGCCUUGUCAUCUAUCGCUCUGCAGCAUUUCAUGUGUAUAUAUAUGACUUUUUAUUGUAUGUUCAACAAAAGAUGUUUGUUAAAUAUGUUUGAUAUGCAUUCACACAAUUAAACAUUUGUUUACAUCA